AAGCAGACAUUACUUUUGGUUGGUUUGGUCAUUUAUAUUCCUGUGGGUGGGAACUUGAGUGACUUAUCCAUGGUAGCCACUCCCAUGCAAACAGUCGAGUUAAAAAACUAAUAAUUUUUUAAUGUUUUUCCAUUACUUUCACUUGAUACACCACCACAAAAUACAGGUUACAUUUACUACACAGCAGAUAUACGAACUCCGGUAAACAGCAAGGUGUUGUUGGCUAGUUUGACGCACAUAUGAUAUUAUCGGCCAGCGUACACCCCAACACGUUGUUUGCCUACUGAUAUUCGUUGUGAUUAAUCUACGGGAUGUUGGUAUCAGAUUAAAAACUCAAUAGAACCAAUGAUGGAUAUCUGCAUAAUAUAACACCGACUAAAAUCACAACGGUUUAGUAGGGGGUCGGUUGUCUUGAAAUAAACAACUUUGUGACAUAAUAUCGUAAAUCAUAAAUAAGGGAAUAAGCAACUAUAUUACCUUAUUUAGGUUUGAAAUGAAAUAACCUAUGACGUAAUAGAGGUGGUGGAACUAGAAUCAUACGUAACAAUGCUUUUGUAUGUUUCGUAAACCAUCGAUUUGAGAUACCUCAAAAACACAUGUACAAGUUCCCACCCACAGGGAUAUAAAUGACCAAAACAACCAAAAGUUAUGUCUGCUUAUCCACACACUGCAAUAGUUUCAGUAACUCGACUGUGGGCAUGGGAGUGGCAACCAUGGAUAAUCCUAUAUUAACAUGCCCCCAUUCAAGGGUAUGUAAAUUACCAAAGUUAUCCAAAACAAACAUCUUGCUUUACAUAACAUACUUUGGCGUAGUUAUGAAUCUAUAGCAACUAUCUUAUGCACUUCAUUUCUGCUUCACUAAGCCGAUAAUAUCACUAGAGUUAUACCAACACAUGGGCAUUGGUACAAGUAGGAAUGAAUGGCCUACGAUUGCCUUGAUGAAGCCACACGAUAACGAUGUAAGACAAGCGAGGCUUAUAAGUUUCAGCAAAAACUUUGAUUAAGAAAUCAAAAUGCCGAUUAGUUCAACGAACUCCCGGUUGACCAGGGAGUUGUACAAACCUCCACCGAGGUCCUUGGAGCAGAUCCGGAUGCAGGAGGUGUUCAAUCACCAGAUUCCUGGAAGUCCAAACCCGAGUUUGAAAAGAGAGCGACAUCUGGAUGGGGUUCCAAAGAAAAAGACGGCUGUGGUUGGUCCAGUCACCGACAACAGACAUGCAGUAUCUAACGGGUUUGCGGGCGCUGCUGAUCCGCCAUUAAAGACAUCGGGAGGUGUAUUGGUCAACGGCGGGGUUUCGAUGUGGUCAAAGUCGGCGGCGAGCGGUGGAUGUCUUGGUCGUAUGUGCUGCAUUUGUCAUGGAUAUUUCUUCACUCGUUGCUGUAUCUUGGCUUUCCUGAUUGGAUUAUUACUUGGAGCUUUAAUAACUGGAUUGGUCGUUGGUUUAAUUUACGCUGAAAGAGCCGAAGCUGCAGGUUUAAUAGCAGCAGCAGCGGUCGCAGAUGACGAACCAGUCGGUUGUUUACAAAGCCCUUGUCCAUCAGCAUCAGCAACUUGUGCUUACUCCAUGAACGACACCCUCCUAACUUGUAACUGCCGACCCGGUCCAACCACUUCAACUGCUGGAAUCAACGCGGGUGGUUACGUCUGCAACUUCUUUGAGACAAUGACAACAGCUGUUCCGGUCACUGUGACGUAAUAAUAUGAAUCUUCACUAACUUCACUAACUAACUUUCUUUAUGAGUUAUAUAGUUAUAUCUUAAUAUAUAUAAAAUGUGUAAAUCGAACGGUUGUUAAUCUAUUUCUCAUAAAAUUUGCUUGAAAAUUGAUCAUUUUACAAUGAUCUGAGUGUUUUUAAUGCUACGUGACGUGUAGUUCUUCAAAGCAAAAGCCACAGUUUCAUUUAUUCUUGCUGUUUAUACUGUGUACAUCUAUAUUACAUUAUUAAUUAAACAUAGAUAUCAUCUUAAA